AUUGUCAAGCAGCGAGUGAGAGCAGACCGAGUGAGGAGAGUGUGUGCAAACUGGGAUGAGUGGAUGCACCGGCCAGUUCAGCUGUUGAAACAGCCACAGUGAGAGAGCGAGGGAGAGGGUGUGUGUGCACGAGAGUGAGAGUGUGUGCACGUGAGAGAGGGUGAGAGCGAAGAAGAAGUGAAAAGGAAGAAAGAAGCAGAGAAGAAAAAAGGGAGGAUACUACAACUCCAGCCAUGCUGUGCUGCAUAAGAAGAACCAAACCGGUGGAGAAGAACGAAGAUGCGGACCAGAAGAUUGAGCAGGACGGCACCCCCAACAAACCCGAGGACAAGGCCCACAAGGCUGCCACCAAAAUACAGGCUAGCUUCCGUGGACACAUAACUCGGAAAAAGAUGAAAGACGGAGAGGAAGAUAAGGAAGGAGACAGUCCUGCUGCUGCAGAGGAGGCGACAAACGGAGAGGAGACAAAGGAGGCAGAGGGAGAAGAUGCACCUGCUAAGCAGGAGGAAACUGCAGGAGGGGAGGCUAAGAAGGAGGAGGAGGUAACAAACCAUGCUAAAAGCCCAGCGGCAGACAAGCCAGCUAACUCUCCUGCAGGCACGGCAACAUCUCCUGUAGCAGCAGCCCCAGCUGCUGCCUCCCCCAUGGUUGCUACAGCGCCCUCCGAACCGCAAAAAGAGGAGCCCAAGGUGGAGGAGAAAGCCGAGGAGAAACCCAAAGAGGUGGAGGCUCCAGCGGCAUCAGCCAAGAGUCCCACCACAGCCACAGCCGAGGAGAAUAAGGAGGAGGAGAAUAGCGAGGAGAAGAAGGAGGAGGCCAGAAAAGCCGAUGUGCCUGCUGCUGUCAGCCCGACAGCUGAAAAGGAGGAGCCUAACCAAACAAACGAUAAACAAGAUGCUGCAGAGGAGUUGAAAGCAGAGGAGGCCGCCCCAGCAGACGGGGUGGUGGAGUCUUCUGAGUCCAAGGACGACUAAGGAGAAGUCUAACCACUCAAAAGCAGAAUUACGAAGAUAAAAAUAAAAGAAUAACACAAACAAAAAUCUAAAAAGGUUGCUCUUUGCCUUCUCAACAUGAAGGCAGUCAGUUUCUAUUUGUUUGUCAUUUUUUGUGUGGCAAUGAUUUUCUCAUGUUGGGGGAGUUUCCAGUGUGACGUUUUUUGGCUCAAGCUAAUAGUAUGAGGAAGUUUAGGAUGAUGUUGGUGUUGUUAAUAGUUAUGAAUAUUGAUUGUUACUUUGAUGUAGAUGGCGGUGGAAAGCUACAUUUGGUACAUGUCUACUUCUAAUGUAAACAUUGUUGAGAUGACUGCUCUCAACUGGAACAUUCACACGUUUAAAAAGCGUUGCCAAUGCACCCCACUAUGUUUGCACAGUAAUGCAUUUCCGUUAAAGCCACAUUUCAGAUAAAACCAUUCUGCAUUUGCACGCACAAAAACACACCAGUUUAAACAUGGAACCCCAGUUUUAGCACACAACAAGUGUGUUGAGAACCCAUCAAACAAGUAAAAGCACCGAUUCAUUGGAUGGAUAAAAGAAUGUAUGCUUAAAUGUGUGACAUUUCCAGUUGGGCGAUUCUGUACCGAAUUCAGAAACAACAAAAACAACAAAAACUAGUUCUCUUCCUAUUCAGCUUGAGUUGUUCAAGUUUGGUUUACACCCCUUUUACAAACUGUCAGCUUGCAUUUACCAUAAAGGACCUAUUGCCCUUCAAAACCUAUAAUAAUCUGAAGAAAACAAGUUUAGUAUUGACGUAACUGGCUCUGACAUAUAUCAAUUGGUGUUCUGCCAACCAAACGUGAGAACAGUAGCAUGAACCAUCGAACCAGAUGCAUGAUGGGAACUCUCCCUUCGAGAGGAACUUCUUCGCAGUCACAAAAACUGCAGAGGUGUGGCGGCUUCUCUUUGAUGUCUUUGGUGUUGUUAUGACAGUUUAUAUGAAUUGGAAAAAAUGCUAUUGCACUGGUGUUACAAAAUAUGAUUCUGAAAAGAAAAAAAAAAAUCAAAUGAGUUGAUGAACAAACAAAUAAGAACUUCUUUUCCUAUGUUUCAGUGAGUGCAAUGUCCAGUUUCGACCCUAUCAAGGAUUUCAAACUUGUGAAAAAACAAAAAAGUUGAACAACUAAAAAUGGUUUCCAUGUCUGUUUUCAAAAUAAAGCAAAUGUGCCAAUUA